AUGCCGACGACGCCGCUGCCAGGUAUCGACACUGUGAGAGUAGCGGUACGGGUGCGGCCGUUCAGUCAGAGAGAGAAGAAUUCUGGGAGCAAAUGUGUGAUUUCCAUGCAUUCCAGGACUACCACCACCAUACAAGACCCUAAGAAUCCAGAACACAGGAAGACAUUUACUUUUGACCUGGCAUAUUGGUCUCACGAUGGAUUUCAGAAGGAUAAAGAUGGCGUGUUUAUUUCAGCUGAUCCUAGCAGUCAAUUUGCAAGCCAGAAAGAUAUUUUCCACGAUCUUGGUAGGGGAAUUCUGGACAGCGCUUGGCAAGGCUAUAAUGCCACCCUUUUAGCCUAUGGCCAGACUGGCUCUGGAAAAAGCUAUUCCAUGGUUGGGUUUGGUGCAAACAAGGGUAUCAUUCCAAAUGUGUGUGAAGAGCUCUUUCAAGCAAUUGAGAAGCGGGAGGGAAAUCAAGAAUACCAGGUUACAUUCAGUAUGCUGGAAAUUUACAAUGAACAGAUAAGAGACUUGCUAUCUAGAACCAAGAAACCUGAGAGACUAAAAGUGAGAGAAGAUCAACAGCUGGGCUUUUAUGUGGAUGGCCUGAAGUCAGUGCCCUGUGAGAACUAUGCACAGAUUGAAAGGCUGAUGGAACAAGGGACAAAGAUAAGGACCACAGCAUCGACCAACAUGAACGCCAGCAGCAGUCGGUCUCAUAUGGUCAUUACCAUUCAGUUCAAGCAGGUUUUCCUAGACAGAGACCUCACCAAGCAAUCCAGUAUUAAUUUGGUGGAUUUAGCAGGAAGUGAAAGACAAAAAUCCUCAGGAUCUGAAGGAGAUAGACUGAGGGAAGGAUCACGAGUUAACUUAAGUUUAACCAAUUUAGGAAUUGUUAUCAGUGCUCUAGCUGAUGCAGCCAUGGGGAAGAAAGUCUUGCACAUUCCCUACAGAGAUUCUGUUCUGACCAAACUGCUGCAGCCAGCUCUGGGCGGCAACAGCAGAACUACUUUGAUAGCAGCCAUAAGUCCUGCUGACAUCUGCUAUGAAGAAACGUUGUCCACGUUAAGAUAUGCUGAAAGGGCUAAAAAGAUCCAGAACAAAGCCGUGGUCAACACCUCAAUGCUGAUGAGAGAGGCAGAGGCGGAGAACAACAAAGUGCUGCUUGCAUGCGGAAAUUCCAGAAUGGCAGAGCUGCCAGCCUGCCUCCUGGCAGAUCAGAGCCUCGGAUGGCAGACCGGCCAGGUGACCUGGGCACACCAGCUGGAGCAGGCUCGGGAGGAGUGGCAGCAGCAGUACCUGGCCAUUGCCCAGGAGCGGCAGAUGAUGGAGACCUUCCCACACCUUCUCAACGUCAACGAGGACCCGCAGCUCACAGGAGUCCUCAAGUACUUCAUUCAGGCUGGCUCCUGUGAUGCUGGUCGGGCUGCUUCAAAUGCCAUCCCUCUUCUAGGUUUGGGAAUUACAGAUAAACAUGCUUCCUUCACAAAUGUGGACGGGAAAGUGACAGUCACUCCACACAGCAAAUGCAAAGUUGUUGUCAAUGGGGUGCCCAUCACGACCACGACAAAGCUGCAGCAUCUGGACCGCGUUAUCUUGGGAUCCAGCAGCGCCUACCUCUAUAUUGGGUUUCCUUCGGAGCGAGGCAGCGAAGACUUGAACAGGUUUGACUAUGACUUUUUCCAGCUGGAGAGAGCAGCUGUGGAGGGAGUGAGCAUGGACAAGCUUGGGGCCAUGAGCCACGGGGAUGGAAUGGCAGACCCCAGCGUGCUGGCUGUGUUCCAGGACUAUGUCAAACUGAUGCCACUGGUGGCAGAAGCGAAUCAAAUGGGCGAAGAGCUGGAGAAGGGACUCAGAAUGGAACUGAAGGUGAAGAAUCUAGCAUCAUCCGACUCCAGAGGUUACGACCUACAGAAAGAGGUCAUGGUGAAGGUGACAAACCAGAGGACUCAGGAGGUGUGGAUUUGGUCAAAAGCCAAGUUUAUCAACAGGAAGUUCCUGAUGGAGGAACUCUACCAGCGCUUUCUAGAAGGGGAGGACAGCCACGUGGCCCAGGAAGACGACCCUUUCUGGGACCCCGUCGAGGCCGUGCACCUGGGCUCGGCUCACGUCUGGCUCCAGCCGCUGGCCUAUUGCAUGAAACUCGAGGAGCAGGUGGAGUUCCUGAGCUGCGACGGGACGGAGGAGGCUAUGCUGCACAUCCACGUGACGCCCUGCUCCCCGGCGGGACAAGCAUGCAGUGAGGAGGAUGUGGUUAUUGACACUGCGGAGUUGCUGGGCAAGAGGAUGGAUUUCCAGAUUGGCCUUGUGCGGUGCCUUGGCAUCAAGUGGCUCAAGGAAGGCGCGGAGAGGGGCAUUCAGAUGGGUUACAGAAUGUAUGAUCUUUCAAGCACUUUCUAUACCAAGCCUGUGUGGAAAACUGUGAAUCCCCAAAUAGAAGAAACAGUCCAAUUUACAGCCUUAAAUGCAUCUCAGGACUUUCUGAAUUAUUUACAAACAAAUGCUCUCAUUGUCGAUUUAUGGGGUCUUCAAGAAGGCUGUGCCCAACUGAGCUGCUCUCAGCCAGACCUCAUGGUCACAAGUGAAGGCCAUGUCAUGGUGGACACCAAGAAAAUUUCCGCAUUGGUGGAUACAGGACAGACCACUUCAGAUCAGACUUCAGAACUUUAUAUGAAGUUGUUCAAGUUAGAACAGGAGACAGAACAGCUCCGGAACGUGAACAGAGCCUUGAGAGAGGAGAAUGUGCUUCUCAGACAAGCACUUGAGAAAAUUGGUUCUCCCCAGCAAGCACAUGAGCCUUCAGAUGCCCUGAAGGUAACUCAGAGGACAGCACACCUGCUGGCAGCCAGAGCCAAGAAUGACAGGCCGGCUCCGCCAGCAGCCAGCUCCGACAGGGAGUUGACCGAUGCUCUCAAGAUCUUCUACCAAAGCAUGAACACGGCAAGAGGACGGUUUCUCAGACUGAGACAUUAUAAACCUCCUGAAGAUGACAGGAUGCUCCGACCGUUUGUAUACCAACAGUCACAGAGGCUGAGGGAUGUUGGGGAGCUGCUCGAUCGCAGCUUGCAGAGACUGAGAAGCGAUGUUGCUCGUAUAGCAAAGGAGAAGAGAGCGUGCCUGCUGCAUCCCCAGCAGCAUCCACAGGCCGACGGGUUGCCCCAGGUUUGCGAGGAGCGCGCAUAGCUCUGAGCUUGAUGAACUUGGCCACCAGCCAAGCUGUGCGCACCACGCACCCAGCCCAUUCCUCACAUUGUUUCUGUUCUGCAAUUUGGUUUAAAGUUAUGUGAAAAUGAAUUCACAUCUGGAGUGAAGGUGGGCCUGGCAGUGGGAGGCCAGCCCUCCGGGUGUUGAGACCUGUCUGUCUGGGGCUAAAUCCCUCUAAUCGGUCACUUCCCAGCUGCAGUUUGAGGCAAAUGCCUUCCCCUUGCUUCCCCUUAUUACAGGGACAUGAGAAUAGUACCAAGUGCAGAUGGUGAGUGAAUGUAAACCUUAGAACAGAGCCUGGCACACUGAAGCCACUGACAAGCAUUGAUAUUCAACAGUUUGAAAGUUCAAAUAAAGCUGUUUUGAAAAAUUUGCUGUCAGACCUAGAGACAAAUGUUAUUUUACCCCUCAUUUUGUAUCCUUGUUCCAGACAAAUUGGAUCUUCUACCUCUACUUCCUCUGCUUUCCUAAGCUUAUCUGGAAACCAUGGGGAGCGGGGGAGCAGCGGCAGUGGGGCCUGUACGGUGCGGGCCACGUGGCAGAGGCGGAGGCUGCCAAUGCAAUCUGCUGGCAAUUGGGCUUGGGUGAUCCAGGUUCCAGGGAGAACGGACGGGUCUCCGCUGAGGGCAGACGGGCACUGGGUGCUCGGGGGAAAGGCUGUGGGGAGCCUGCCAGUGACGGCAGGGGCCCCACGAGCAAUUCUGUGUGCUGGGCUCUAGACUACGUGCUAAACAUAGUAGCUCAUUCAUGACAAUUCUCUGAGUCUGGCACAAUCAUCUCCCCCAUUUUGAGGCUUUAAACAUUAAAUCAACAAGGCCUGCCCAGGCAUCUGUGAGCGAGCACUGGGCUGACUGAAGGUGCCAUUCCUGAUGGCAACAGCUGCUGCAGAACGGCACCAGGCAGAAGCAUAAGAACCCAGGAAGGAGGAAAAAGAGGUAACAACCCCAGUCCUUGUUCCCUGGAGUAUGAAGUUAGGGAGAUCAAACAGGAGAAACCUGAAACUCUGCUGGCAGGACUGUCUAGCAAUGGCUUCCAAAAGGAGUCUCCCUAGGAAGGCAGGAAUCUGGGCUGGUCAUUUCUGCAUAAUAACAGGACCCAAGGCUUCUCAGAGAGGCUUCAGUUCUAUCUGCAGCUCAGGUUCAGGACUAGUGUACAUGCAACUAAAGAAUAACUGGAAAGCUUACAGCCUACAGGUGGAGCUCCACACGGUGAUGGCAGCAGGAACCAGGGUCUGGAAAGCCUGUCAGUGAGGCAAAGCAGCUGUGAGGCCACAGGAAGAUGGGAAGGGUUCUUCUACCUCCUGGGCUGAGCCUCAAAGUUCUUUAACCAUCUGCAGAAAUAACUGCAGAAGUAAUAUACUUUCUGCAAAAAAGCAGCUUGAGGAGCCCUGGGGGUUAAAAAGAAAUCUGGAUGAGACACACCUGUAUCUCAAGCUGGAGGAAGGUCACACAGGUUCUAUGUACAUCAGUGUCCAUGUCAGAGCCAGACACAACACACGCCACCAAGCUGGGAAGAACACAACCGGCAGCCUCACCCAGAGGCUCCCAGGGCACAUCUGAACCACAGAUUCCUCAGCUCCAACCUGCAGACCUCCCGCCCGCAAGCUGCGGGGGCCACUGGGGAGCCCCACUGUCGUGUCAGAAUUCUGUCCCGGGGCUGGUCAUGGCCUCUGUUGCUCCUGAACACCUUCCGGAUUUUAGAGAGGAUAAAAACUUUUCUACCAGCCCACCAAUUAGGACCCAACCCAGGCCAGGGCAGAGGAUAGAGCAUACACUACAAAUCUCCCUCUUCAAGUUAGACAGCCUCUGCUGAUAGCCUCAGGCAGCACAGGAGGCUCCCUCCAGACAAAUCAUGUUCUUAUCUGUGCCACGCUUCUCAAUGCAGAAUAGAAAUUUCAUAGAGGCAGUGGCUGUGUCCUCUUUAUGUAGCAAAUGGCACAGAACACUGUAUGUGUUUAUCAUAUGCUUAUUACCAAAGGAAAAAGUCCUUUGCCUUAUUUUAGGGCUUCAGGGGAAAACCUAAUUAAAAUACAAAAAAUAAAUUAAAGAAAUUCACUUCUGGUCAGGCAAUGAAAUGAACAGAA